AGCACUAUUGUGAAACAAAUGAAGAUCAUCCAUAAAGAUGGCUUCUCAAAUCAGGAAUGCAUGGAGUUCAGAUCUGUUAUUUACAGUAACAUAUUGCAAUCCAUCCUGGCUAUUGUGAAGGCGAUGUCCACUUUAGGGAUUGAUUAUAAAAACCCAGCCAGUAGAGAAGAUGAAAGACAACUGUACACUAUGGCAAAUUCUCUAGAGGAUGGAUCCAUGACUCCUGAAUUUUCUGAAAUCAUAAAGCGACUGUGGAGUGACCCAGGAAUCCAGGCCUGCUUUGAAAGGGCAGCAGAAUAUCAGCUCAAUGACUCAGCAGUUUACUAUCUCAAUGAUCUGGACAGGCUGACAGCUCCUGGAUAUGUUCCCAAUGACCAAGAUGUUCUGCGCUCACGAGUGAAAACAACUGGAAUUAUUGAGACUCAGUUUUCCUUCAAAGAUAUGAACUUCAGAAUGUUUGACGUGGGAGGACAGCGAUCAGAGAGAAAGAAGUGGAUUCACUGCUUUGAAGGAGUUACUUGCAUAAUAUUUUGUGCUGCACUCAAUGCCUAUGACAUGAUCCUGGUGGAAGAUGAAAACGUGAACAGAAUGCAUGAAAGCCUUCACCUGUUCAACAGCAUCUGUAACCACAAGUACUUUGCUACCACCUCCAUUGUGCUGUUUCUAAAUAAAAAGGACCUCUUCCAAGAAAAAAUAACAAAAGUUCAGCUCAAUGUCUGCUUUCCAGAAUAUGAUGGAUUAAACACAUUUGAAGAUGCAGGAAAUUACAUCAAGAAGCAGUUCCUAGACUUGAAUUUAAAGAAAAAAGACAAGGAGAUAUAUUCUCAUAUGACCUGUGCCACAGACACCCAGAACAUCAAGUUUGUUUUCAAUGCAGUAACAGACAUCAUAAUCAAAGAAAACCUGAAAGACUGUGGGCUCUUCUAACCAUUCGCUCCCUCAGCCCCAUCCUCUUUCUUCCUCUACCUCUCUCUUCUCACCUCUCUUUAUCCUGCAUGUUGGUUGUGGUGGAAAAAUGAGAAAAAAGAGAAAGUGCUGUCAGCUGGGCUUUGGUUAGAUAUAACUUUAUACCUUGGAUGUAGUUUGCAUUGUAGAACAAAGACCCCUGUAAGGAGUGUCAUGAGAUUAUAUGAUCCUGAUGUUGAGAGAUUCUGUGCUCCCAUACCCCUUAUUGGAGUCAGUCGGAGUUUCCCACUAAAAUCAAUAUGAGUUAAAGUUGAUCAGCGUUUCUCAAGAUAAGACCCUGUAUUCUUCAAUGGGGGUGGGGAAGUGGUGGAGCAUGAAAGACAAUAUGCAGGAAGGGUUGUGUUGGGUUUUGUUUAAGGCUUAAGAAAACCUUAAUAUUAAAAAACAUAUCUCUGAAUAUUAUCCAAUCAUUUCAGUUCAGUUUUCUUGUGUUUUAAUGUUACAUUGAUGGUUCAAAAUUAUGUUGCAUUAAUACAACAAUUUUUAUGCAAAUAAAAAAUAACAUG